AGCACUGAACUAAAACUCUCUCUCAUAGCAGAGACAAACACAGAGAGGUUCAAAGCUAGAGUUUUUAGUACCAGAAAAGCAUGGAUUUAAUGGAACUGUUUUUCAUUUCUCUUGGUUCGGCAGUUGUUGUCUACUAUGGAGUGAAACUGCUGCUUUUCACUAGAAUGCUUUUUCCAAACCUGUGGUUUCCACUGUCAAAGACAUUCUUCACGUCUAUGGGAGAAUGGGCAGUGGUGACUGGUGCUUCAGAAGGCAUAGGAAGAUCGUAUGCAUUUGCGCUGGCUGAACAAGGAAUGAGCGUGGUUAUCAUGAGUAGAACCAAAGCAACAUUGGACCAGGUAGCCAAGGAAAUAGGUGAUAAAACAGGACAGAGAGUGAAAGUCAUAGUGACAGACUUCACACAGGAAAAUGUCUUCAGUGAAAUUGAGGGUCAACUUAAGGACCUCAACAUCGGGAUUUUAGUCAAUAAUGUGGGCAUGCUGCCCAGCUUCAUCCCCAGCAAAUUCCUUGAUUUUGCAGAGUUGGAUCAGACAAUUACAAAGGUGAUAAACUGCAAUGUGAAAACUAUGGCCAAGAUGAGCAAAAUAAUCCUUCCAGGCAUGGAGAACAGGGGAAAAGGGGUGAUUUUGAAUAUUUCGUCUGGAGUGGCUUUUAUUCCAUUCCCUAUGUACACCCUGUAUGCUGCAUCUAAGGUGUUCGUGGAAAGAUUUUCUCAAGGUCUUCAAGCUGAAUACAAAGAUAAAGGGAUUAUUAUACAGGCAGUAUCUCCAUUUGGGGUCUCCACUCGGAUGGCAGCUUACCAAAAAAGCAAUUUAGUGACUCUGUCACCAGAAGACUUUGUAAAGAGCUCCCUGCAGUACAUCAGAGCUGGAGACAAAACACCCGGCAGUAUCUAUCACAUAGUCCUGGGCUGGUUACUGCAGACUAUUCCUCUCAAAGUUCUCCAUGCAGAGUCUAUGCAACACGGCCUAAAAGACUAUGUCAAGAAGAGAGCAGCAGAGAGCUCGUGAAAAUGGUAGAAAUUAAUAAACAGGAAGAGUAAUGUGAAGACAUUUGGUUUUAAUUUGGUAAUUGUAAAUUGGUAAUUAUGGUAAUUAUGUUUUCUGUUUCUCAUUUAAACAUAGUGAUGAAUUGUGUAAGUAUUAUUAGUUACUGUAGUAUCCCGUAGUACUUUCUGUUUUAUAGCUUUUGUAACACUGUGGGUAAACCACCUUCAGGAAAGCACCUCGAUGAUGCAAGUUUCCCACAACUUGUAUUUGAUCUUAUUCUCAUUUUUGUUGUUCCAUCUGCUCCAUUUGGUUAUAAGAUAAUAUUUCAAUUUUCAAUAUGAGUUAUACUGUGACUGUAGUUGCUGAUGAAUUGAUGGUGAAUGCCCAGCUGACUUUUUUCCUCAGUGAUAGAAAACAUUUAUGAGACAUAACAAGCCAUGACAUGACAUUUCAUUCACUAACCCAACCCAUGUCAAAUAAAAAAAACCUUUACUUCUAUAAACACGCCAACCCAUACAGUUGGCACUGUCAGUAUGUCUUUAGUCAGGCAUGUCAAUGCAAUAACCUACUUAAUAUUUUCAGACAACAUUUACAUUAAUAUUAAUAUGAAUUCUAAUGUCUUUCAAAGCUGAGUCCUUGUACUCAACAAAUGUGGCUAAUCAUUAAUGCUGGCAGGUUUGUGUGUGUGUAUGUAUGAGAGCGUAUGUGUGAGUGUGUGUGCGUGUAUGUGUGUGUGUGUGUGUGUGUGUGUCCAAUUCCCCAUAGUCAUAAAUCUUUUAGAGGAAUAUGAGCGAUAAUGAGUCUGGCGCCUUAUCUGCUGAACUGAAGGAACUGUCCAGUUCUGUUAGUCACUCCCAUACACAUCAUGUUGUAAGUCAGACAGGCACAUGCGCGCGCACACACGCGCACACACGCGCACACAC